AUGGUGCAGGACCGGGCAGUGUUUAUUUCCACUAUUGAUGAACUCCCAGAAGGAGCUGUGAAGCCUCCGGCAAACAAGUACCCUAUCUUCUUUUUUGGCACCCAUGAAACUGCAUUUCUAGGUCCCAAAGACCUAUUCCCAUAUAAGGAAUACAAAGACAAGUUUGGAAAGUCAAAUAAGCGGAAAGGAUUUAAUGAAGGAUUGUGGGAAAUUGAAAAUAACCCUGGAGUAAAAUUUACUGGCUAUCAGGCAAUUCAACAACAGAGUUCUUCAGAAACGGAGGGAGAGGGUGGAAAUACUGCGGAUGCCAGCAGUGAAGAAGAGGGCGGGAGAGUGGACGAAGAGGGAAAAGGCAAGAGAAAGAAUGAAAAAGCAGGCUCCAAACGGAAAAAAGCAUACACUUCGAAGAAAUCCUCCAAACAAUCCCGGAGAUCUGCAGGAGAUGACGAUGACAAGGACCGCAAAGAAGAAGAACACAAAAGCAGCUCUGACGGUGGAGAUGCCGGCAACGACACAAGAAACACGGCUUCAGACUUGCAGAAAACCAGUGAAGGGACCUAAUUUCCAGAGCGCUGCAUAUUAAGAGAAACCCCAAGAAAGCUGUACGUUUGGUUGUCUAGUAACCUUGGAGUUGAUAUGAACCUACACGUAGUCUUUGUUGUCAACGACAGACCCCGGUUGUAUGUGCAUUAUCCACAUUCCUCUCUGUUGUGUUUCAGGGGACAAAAAAGACAUUUUAGCCUUUUUUAAGGUUAUUGUUUAAUUUAAUGUUAUUUGGUUGCAUGAAGUUGCCCUUUGCCACUGAGGAUGAUGAAGACUUUUACACAGACCGACCGUGUCUAGGAUCCUUUUAAGGCAGUAUGCUCAUCAUUCUCCUGCCUCUACCCCACCAUCGCCAAGCAGUUAAGUUGUCAGUGCGCAUUUAAAUUGUCACUCAAUGUUUAAGGAUGGGAUUUCCGCUCUGGCAGAACCAACCCAGGACUUAAUUCCUAGAUACAUAAUGUUGGUAUAUUGACCACCAAUUUUAAAUGAUCCUUCAGUUUUGAGGCCAUGUAUGUGUAAAGUUUAACCAUAUUGUAAAAUAUCUAUUCUGUAUUAGAAAUAGCGAGUUGAGAGCUUAUACUUCUCGAAGCUCAUGUUGCUCUGUACACAAACUCAGUCUCUCUCUGUGCAGUUGGUGAGUCCUUUUGUGUUUCUCCGAAUAAAGGCAAUGAUUUAUUCCCACCUCCCAAUGCCAAUACAAUGUGAGCGGACCACUCAAGGUAGGUCCUUCGCGUUUCAGUAAAUCUGGAGUCAGCAGCAGCCCCAUGGGAAACCAACAAAGCAUCGACUUUCUAGUCUGGACUUUGAAAAACUGCUGCUUUCUUUUGGAACUAGAGUUCGAAUAGUUACGAUUCAUCCCACAAACCAUCAUUUUGUGUACGUUAGUGUUGCUGUUGUGAUAACAGAGAAUUUUGUUUAUUUUUAUGCGGCUUCCAUUGUGAGAACACAGUUGUCGGUUUGGGUUUUAUCGACCCUGUGAUGCUGGUCCUUGGAACAUCUUUUGCAUAUUCGAGGUUUGUAGUUGAAAGUUUACUGUAAAAAAAAAUCAAAAACAAAAAAACAUUGUUUUUACAGAAUAAAUUUAUUGGAAUGUGUACUGGGAUUAAGAUUUGAGGUUGUUAGCAACCACGUUAGUGUAAUUUGGCUUCAUAUAUGUAAUGUGAGGUAUUAAUGUAAUUCAUAUAUUAAAGCAAAGGUGGUUAACAGCAAAUUGACAAUAGAA